CUCGUUGUGCAUUCUAGGACCCCACUGCUACUCACAACAAGCCAAAAUGGCCGUCAUGAUGCGCACCCAGGCGCCCGCUGCCACUCGCGCUUCAUCGCGCGUCGCUGUUGCCGCUCGCCCGGCUGCUCGCCGCGCCGUGGUGGUCCGCGCCGAGGCUGAGGCUGCCCCUGCUGCUGCCAAGAAGGCUGCUGAGAAGCCCGCCUGGACUGUGCCGACCCUGAACCCCGACACUCCCAGCCCGAUUUUCGGUGGCAGCACCGGCGGUCUGCUGCGCAAGGCUCAGACUGAGGAGUUCUACGUCAUCACCUGGGAGGCUAAGAAGGAGCAGAUCUUCGAGAUGCCCACUGGCGGUGCCGCUAUCAUGCGCCAGGGCCCCAACCUGCUGAAGUUCGGCAAGAAGGAGCAGUGCCUCGCCCUGACGACCCAGCUCCGCAACAAGUUCAAGCUGACCCCCUGCUUCUACCGCGUCUUCCCCGACGGCAAGGUGCAGUACCUGCACCCUGCUGACGGCGUCUACCCCGAGAAGGUGAACGCUGGCCGCGUGGGCGCGAACCAGAACAUGCGCCGCAUCGGCCAGAACGUCAACCCCAUCAAGGUCAAGUUCUCUGGCCGCAUGAUGUCGCCUGCUGAGAUCUAAGCGUUCUGGCAGCAGCUGGACCGCCUGUACCAUGGAGAAGAGCUUUACUUGCCGGGAUGGCCGAUUUCGCUGAUUGAUACGGGAUCGGAGCUCGGAGGCUUUCGCGCUAGGGGCUAGGCGAAGGGCAGUGGUGACCAGGGUCGGUGUGGGGUCGGCCCACGGUCAAUUAGCCACAGGAGGAUCAGGGGGAGGUAGGCACGUCGACUUGGUUUGCGACCCCGCAGUUUUGGCGGACGUGCUGUUGUAGAUGUUAGCGUGUGCGUGAGCCAGUGGCCAACGUGCCACACCCAUUGAGAAGACCAACCAACUUACUGGCAAUAUCUGCCAAUGCCAUACUGCAUGUAAUGGCCAGGCCAU